UAUUAAAUUUCCUACUAAUUCUAAAACUGAUUAUUUAAUUAUCAAGCCUAUUCCUAAAGUUAAAGGAUAUAAUUACUAUAAAAUUCCACAGAUUUUGCAUCUCAAACCAGAAGAAUAUACUUCAUAUUUGGAUGCUUUAAGAAAUUGUGUAUACAAGAUUUUAAAACAUUGUGACGAUGUUACAUAUCGCUAUACAGAUCCAAAACUUAUUGAAUAUGUUAUUGAAAAGGCAAAUAAUCAGUCUUUUCUAAAAACAAUUGGUGACUGGGCAAUACGUGAAAUAUUGCGACGGAUAAUUAAUAACCAGC